GAGACGGAUUUCAACCGGGAACGAGAUUGGACCCAGGCGGCUCGGUAAGGAUUUCAACAUCAUCUGGUGCAUACCUGGUGUGUCAUCUCUUUCCUCCCUUGCCAACAGUGCGGAGAUCUCUUCCAGUUGUGCACAGUUUCAUCGGCUGCUUCUGUCCGGUUGUAUGGUAGAUAAACCGUAUGACCCACAUUCAGUUUCGCAUGGGCAGGUCCGGCCUUUGGGCGGUUUCCCAGGAUCGGUUCCCAGGCCAUUUGGUGUUUGGAUGGUCGAGGGUUGGGGAUGAUACGAUUAAGCUUCAGCUGCAGCCACCGGACUCGGCCGACGAGCAAGGCCCGGGCAUUGACCGCAAACGGCAGGCUCCUGCGGAUCUGUCGGAGCCUCAGGCCAAGGUACAGGCGCUUAGCGGAAGACUGGCAAUUGAUUGGGAUAACCCAAGAGAACAGGCAGGCGCUGGCUUGUUAUUAGAUUGGCGGCCGGAAGGACGAGAUGGAGCUAGGCUGGCGGGCUGUGCAAAGCUGGUGCGGACAACAACACGCUUAUAUAUUGGCGUGGGCCAGGUCCGUGAGUGGCUUGGCGAAGUUGGCGCCCGGACAGAGCUGCAGGUCAAGGUGAUGCUGGAUAAUCGCAUGCUCAACGGCGUCCACCAAGCAGACUUGCUCUACAAUAAGGGCGCCCACUACUACUGGAUCACAAGUCGCACCUUAAAGCGCACGGCCAUGGGGAAGUGGUUCCUUGGCUGGAGCCACACACCCACGGACGGCCUAGUGCUGUUGCUGCGCUCGCCGUCAAAGGAUGAAAUCGCAGCCGCCAUUGCGGAGGGUUUCCAGGGCAAGGAGGACGAUGAGGACACGGAGAUGUCGGAGCAGCAGCAGCAACAGAUGCAGCUACAGUUCCAGCAGCAACAGAUGUUCCAAGUCUUUUCUCCCCCUUCGCCACAUCCCGGUCGCGUUCAGCAGACGCGCAGCUUGCCGCCCCUGCCGUACGGAGACGAGGAGGCCAUGCUGCUGCUGCAGCAGCAGCAACAACCCCUGGAAAUGGACGAUGCCGUGGAGGGGGGCCAAUACCAUCGCGGUACGCCGAUGUCAGCAGGUCCCCGGAUUGGAACCGCAGGCGACGAGGAUGACGCCGUCAGCGGCCUCAGCGGUGACAGUGAGCUGCGGCGGGCGCUAGGACCUAGCGACCCCCGGCUAAUGGUUGCAAUUGCGGCUGCGGAGCUGCAGCGGGGCGUCUACGGGGUCAGCGGGACUCAGGGCGCGAAUCUGGGCCGGCGGCUAGCACCAAGCCCAACAACAGGGGCUGCGGCAGGCCGGGGGUACCCGGGGGUCCGUGAUAGCCGAGACGUGCAACUGUUGCUGCCUGGUGGCGGGCGGCCGCAACCUGGAACCGGCACAGCACCUGGGAGUGCGCCACCGGCUUACAGGGAACCCCCCGCUCGGACAGGCAGCGAGGGCCUUUACCCCCAAGCCGGUGGGGGCACACCGCCUGGCCAGCCCCGCACCUCUCUCCCGUCACCUGCGCGCUUCACCAACUUUUCUGAAGUGCCAGGGGGUACGGCCUUUGCCAAUGUGCAAUUACCACCAGAAAACCUUGGGUUGGAACCGCAACCGCCGCUGUCACAGCAGCAACAGCAGCAGCAGCAGCGCGUGGGGGCCCCGGCCAUGCCGUCCCAGCUUGGGGCUACGACCAGUAUUGCAUCCAACUUGUCUUUGGCCGGAGCCACGCAGCUUACAGGCACAGGCAGCAUGCUACAGGCGUCGGGUGUUGCCGGACCCAUUGCGGCGCCGUUGCGACUGCCGACCAAUGUUAGCGAGCUGUUGCCACCCGAGUACCUGCCCGCAGCAGUGUCUGUCCGAUGCACUUUGGACGGCAGCCUGCAACCAGAUAUCUUCGCGUGCGAGAUUCAUCGUAACAGGCAAGGGCACUGCUACCUCUACAACCUGCCCCCCACGGUUCUGGAGGGCCGCUCGCAGCAGGACUGGAUGAUCAGCGAAGACGGUUGCCUGGUCCUGUGCCUUAAGACAGUGCAGCAGGCAAACGUGCUUGUGGAGAACAAGUCCGUGCGCAGUAACCCUAGCAACCCGCAGGCUGGUGGCGGCGGCGGCGGCGGCUCCAAUUUGGACACACCUGUCUCCCGGGGAAACCUCCCGGGUAGGGGCCAUGCCAGUUUGGACAAACCCAGCCUGGCCAGGUCUCACCGCAAGAGCUCUGAUGUGGACCUGGCAGCCGCAUCGGCCAAGCCCCAGGCACCGGAGUACCUUGGCGGCCCGGGUGUUGACCUUAGUCUGAAGGCACCGGAACCCCAUGAACAGCUGCAGCAAGCCCAAGCAAUGGAGGACGACGCAGCAAUCACAGCCGCGGCCGAGCCCUCCUACGUGGUGGCAGCGUUGCCGGUUGAACGGAAGCCGGAUGGUAAAAGGGAGCGGACGGCGCAACUGUUGGUGCCACGGCAGGCGGUUGAAAGCCUGUACGGUGCUGUACUUUUACCCCAUCCGGUGCUGCUCAGAUACCAGAUUGACGGGGAACUGGAACAGCAGGUGUAUCUAGCCGAGGUGGCCGACGCGGGCUCAGGCGAGCUCUACCUACGCGGCGCUUCUAUGGAGCCGUUGGUGGGCCGGACGCUCGUCGGCUGGGGACGAGGCAACGUCCUGUCUCACCAAAUCCUGGUCGUCUGCCUGGAAACGCGGCCGGAGGCCUCCGGACAGGGCAAAGGGGGGCCGGUGGUCGGUGGACCCCGUGGUGGACGGGAUGAGGAGCCCCGACGGCCUCGACACGAUCAGCCGCCGUCUCCGCAGUUGCCACAGCAGCCUCCAGCAGGACAGCCGUCUCCUCAGCAGCAGCAGCAGCAGACACCUCCCAAUUGGAGCAUCUCUGGGGAGGCGCAUCUGGCUGCCAGCCGGUCAACCGCCCACACUGGCGCGACAAAUCCCUUUGGGCAGCAGCAACCGGCCCUCUCUGUGGUGACCGCCGCACCCUUCAGCGGUCACCCACCGAACCGGACAUCAACGCAACAGCAGCAGCAGCAACAACAACAGGGGUCCCCGGCGCCUGGCGGCGGGGCCCACCGGCAGCCGGCGCAAGCGCUCCAACCUGUGAUGAGCGGGCCACUGCCUGGCGUGGGCAGCAGCAUGCUGCCACCUAGUUUGUCACUGAUGAACAAUGGCAGUUCGACUCUCCUUCCCGCGCAGGCCAGCAAUCUGCCCUUCUCAGCCAGUGCUGUUAGGCCGGAGGGCAACGCUUCCGCCCCAGUUGGUGCAGCUGCGGGCGGUCGACCAGCCAACGCUGGCGCCCGUGGUGGUGCGGCAGGCGGGACGGCUGGGCAGCGGUCGCCUUCGCUUAAUCUUGACGCAGGUGGUGGCGGUAGCAUGCUGCAGACAGUCGCGUCAGCCACGCAGGCACCCAUGCUGGUGCCGAGCUCCAAACCGGGCUCAGGCGGGCGGGCUGUGCCUGCGGCCCCUAUGUUCCCUUGGGAGGGAGCAGCAGCGGGGCAGGCGGCACCCACGGUGUUUGCCUUCGGGUUGGGCGUAGGGCAGGAACCAUCCUCCCCUAGCCCCGUAGAAUUACCUGUCAGUGGCAAGCGCACGCAGCAACAACAGCAAAACCAGGCACCUGCACAGGGCCGCGGCAGUGGUGGGCCUGCGCUGCAUAGUGUGGCCGCGGAAAGCGUGGUGCUGGUUCCCCGCAACACGGCACAGGCAACGGAAAUCUCUUCGGCAAUGGCCGGCAGCCACGUCCGCGCCGCACACGGCCUUACUAGCGCGCCGUCCCAUCAGCAGUCGUUGCACCAAGGCGUUCGGCGCAUGGACGAUGACUCUGAUCACGAGCUACGGCGAAGUCCCGCCAGAGGUAGCGGUGGCGCAAGCGGUAGUGGCGAGCUUGACGCUAUCCAGGGUAACCGCUCAGGCCGGCGGCAUCAGGGCUCCGUGCCGGAACCUGAAGGCCUGGGAUUGUCAUCGCUUGUCCUGGGCAGCCAAGGCGAGUCCGGGUCUGCUGCGCGAUACAUGCCCGGCCAGGGCGUGCAAGGCGGAGGUGGCAGCACAUUAGCGAUGGAGCCUGCGGGGCCCAGUGGCCACGAGGCACAGCCUCACGCACAGCAGUCACGCCCUCGCGCGGAUCGCUCACAGGGUCAAACACAGUCAUGGCGCUUCGAUGUGCAACCCGAUGCGCAACGGCCAGAGCAGGCGCCCGGGGGGCGGCCCGGUGCGAGUGACAACAACGAUAACCUACCCGAAUCCCAACCUUCUCUAACUUCCUUAACCGCCGGCGGGCUACUUCGGGCAACGUCGGGCAACGCUGUAGGUGGUGGCGGAGAGGACGGGCGCGGACAUUCCUUCCCACGCUACGUAGACGAGCCGUACGUCCCUGGGGGAACGUCGGGGCGUGCUGGGCCCACAGGUGAUGGCGUCGACUUGGCAGGUAGCUGCGGCGGCGAGGGGGAGGGCGGUGUUGCAGGCCCCAGCUGCAGACCCGCGGUGGAAACAGUAGACUCGAGGAACCCUCCUUCCGGCUUCGGUCGACACAGCGAAGGAGCGGGGCACGGGUGGGCAGGGCAAGCAGCACCACGGCAUAAAUAUGCUGCGGAAACUGGUGAGCAGAGCGACGUGGAGAUGGAGGAUUGCGGGCCGGGUCCAGCGACCACGACUGCCACACAAUCCGGGAGAGCUGAGGCACUGCUUAACGCGGGUCGAUCGCAUGCGGGUUUGCCGGCCGCGGCAGAGCAGGGCCAUGGGACGGGAGAUGAAGACCGAUCGGGCCAAGGCAUGGAUAUUGAUUCUAAGGUGGCGGAGGGGGGCGGUCCACAGCAUCCGCAGCCAUGGCAACGGCGAGGUGGUGGUAGCCAGCAAGCGCCGCAUGAAGCUCCUCCAAGGCCAGCUUUUGACCAACCUUCCACAGCGGCUGAAGCCUCGAGGCAGCCGCAGUUAUCACAAGGAACGGCGGCAACGGCCGCGCCAGACCAGGUCAAACAUCAGCAGCAGCAACAUCAACAGCAACCCACGUGGUUCCCCUGUCUAGAUUUGGCUGGUGCGACGGCGUCCGCGCAGGAACAAAACGGAGCCGAUGCGGCGCCGGCUCGGAGGGCCAGCGAGGAGGCGGCUGGCACCGGGGGAUGCGAGGAAGGGGAUUCUGGGGAGGUAGAUCGGAUGCCGCCGCGGCGCGGCGUGCUGCGCAUGUUGAGUAUGGUUGUCCAUGAAGCAGACGAGGCCAAUAAACAGCAUCAGCAGCAACAACAUCGACACAGCUAG